AGGUACUGAUUUCACUCCGGCAGCGUCAGAAUUGCGUCAAUUUGGGUUUCAACCACGUCUUCGGGCGCCGAGCUCGGUGAGUCAGAAGGCUCGAACCAGCGGACAAGGGCUCACGAAUCACUGUGAAGGAGGGGAGAACCGAACGAGGCCUUCCCUCCCCUUCGUCUCUCCCCCACCCGCGAUUCCUCUCUACCUCCUUCUCUUUCUAAAACCUUCCCGGUCUUUCGGGCUGGUGUCGGCGUCGUGUUGGAAAACAAGUCUCCCCCUGUUUGUGUGUGGGGUGCGCGUGCGUGGCGCGUUUUCGCCGCGAACCGCCGGAGAGAGGGAGAGAGGCAGAGGGGGAGAAAAGAAUUUUCAGGACCUUGGACAGAGCACGCAGCAAACAACAUGGCUCCGAUUACAGCCAGCAGGGAAGAAUUUGAUGAAAUUCCAACAGUGGUUGGGAUCUUCAGUGCCUUUGGGCUGGUCUUCACUGUCUCCCUCUUUGCUUGGAUCUGCUGCCAACGCAAAUCUUCUAAAUCAAAUAAGACUCCUCCGUAUAAAUUUGUUCAUGUGCUGAAGGGUGUUGAUAUUUAUCCUGAGAACCUCAACAGCAAGAAGAAGUUUGGUGCAGAGGACAAAGAGGAAGCCAAAAACAAGCCUAUUAUGCCAAAGAGCUCUCUACAUCUUGACCUGGAGAAGCAAGAUCUGAAUGGCAACUUCCCCAAAACAACCCCUAAAAUACCAAGUUCCUCAGAUGUUGAGGGCUUUACUCCAAAGCUCUUUCCUGAGAGGGAAAAAGAUUCAGUGUCCCCUGACAGCUUGAAGUCUACCACAUCAAUAUCUUCUGAAGAAAAGCAAGACAAAUUAGGGACUCUCUUCUUCUCCAUUGAGUACAACUUUGAAAAGAAGGCUUUCAUGGUGAACAUCAAAGAAGCACGUGGCUUACCAGCCAUGGAUGAACAAUCAAUGACUUCUGAUCCAUACAUCAAAAUGACAAUACUACCAGAGAAGAAACACAAGGUGAAAACUCGAGUAUUGAGGAAAACCUUAGAUCCAGCUUUUGAUGAAACCUUCACCUUUUAUGGGAUCCCUUAUACUCAAAUUCAAGAUCUGAGUCUCCACUUUAUGAUCCUGAGUUUUGACCGCUUCUCCCGAGAUGACGUCAUUGGAGAAGUCCUCUUUCCCUUAUCAGGAAUUGAGUUGUCUGAAGGAAGGAUGCUGAUGAACAAGGAAAUCAUCAAAAAAAAUGUUAGGAAAUCUUCUGGGCGUGGUGAGUUGCUGAUCUCACUUUGUUAUCAGUCGACAACAAAUACUCUCACUGUGGUUGUUUUAAAGGCCAGGCAUCUACCUAAAGCUGAUGUUUCAGGAUUAUCAGACCCCUAUGUCAAAGUGAACCUUUACCAUGCCAAGAAAAGAAUUUCCAAAAAGAAAACACAUGUCAAGAAGUGUACCCCCAAUGCGGUGUUCAAUGAACUCUUUGUCUUUGAUAUUCCCUGUGAGGGUCUGGAAGAGAUCAGCAUUGAAUUCUUAGUACUGGAUUCAGACAGGGGAUCUCGGAAUGAAAUCAUUGGCCGGUUAACCUUGGGGGCUUCUGCAGAAGGAACAGCUGGAGAACAUUGGAAGGAAAUCUGUGAAUAUCCUAGGAGACAGAUUGCUAAAUGGCACAUGCUGUGUGAUGGCUAAUGAAGGGACAGGAGGUUGGGACUUUUCAAAGAGAAAUCCCAUAGGCAAGGAUUCGUUUUCUUUCUUUGCAAUGUAUAAUCACAGGCUUGUGCCCUUGGGGAGGGGGGGGGACUUUAUUGUUAUUGUUAUUGUUGAGACUGAAUUGAAUUAUCAAACCAGAAGGUAACUACAUUUUGGUUGAGGCUCCCUUCUUUUUGCAAGACCAAACCUUCAUCAUUUAUCAAAGGUCAUAUUCUGCAGGAGUGUACAAAACUAUAGAGCCACAAAG